AUUGUUGUAUAACCUCACGGUGACUCAGAAGAGAUUAAAACCAUUCUAAUAACCACCAUGAAUACUCCGUGUGUGUGUUUGGGUCAUAAGAUGAUGUCUGCUCACAUUGCUUCUACUUUCUGUCCUUAGCUCUGUGUUGUUUUUGUUCUGUAGUUAUAUGUUAUGUUGUUUUAAGUAACAUCAGGGUCCUGGAGAAACCUUGUCUCAUUUCUCUAUGUACUGAGUCAGCUAUAUGUGGUUGAAAUGACAAAAAAAGCUUCUUGACUUGACUUGGUUCAUUCUUAAAAGAACAGAAAUGUUCAGCACCACUGAAUCUGUGUUUAUGGUUUGUUUUCAGCAAGUAAGUGUAUAAAAUGACUUAGACUCGGGCUGUAUUAACGAUCUCUGCCUCUAGAUGUCAGUAAACACACACACACACACACUCUCUGCUACAUGACGGUGGCAGAAGUAGACUCUUCCUGUCUCCGGUGUGUGUGUGUGUGUGUGUGUGUGUGUGUGUGUGUGUGUGUGUGUGUGUGUGUGUGUGUGUGUUGGAGAUGAGUGAGAACACACACACUAACAGUAACAUUGUCACACAGGAGUUUAUAGCGUUAGAGGAUUUUAGAGCUACAGGAACAGAGCAGUUGAGUUUCUCAGCAGGUGACCGGCUGCAGGUCCAUGAGCAGGUUUGUGCAGACUGGUGGUGGGCCGAGCGCAGUGGCUGCUUCGGCUACGUUCCCUCUGCUUUCCUCCAUCAAGGGGCUGAGGACGUUGAAGAUGCCUGGCAGGACGAGGAGUAUUUCAACAGCUAUGGAACUCUGAAACUUCACCUGGAGAUGCUCUCGGACCGUCCGCGUACCGAAACCUACAGACAGGUGAUCGUGAGCAACAGCACCGCCCUGAAGGGGAAAGUGGUGAUGGAUCUGGGAUGCGGUACUGGAAUCAUCAGCAUCUUCUGUGCCCGUUUAGCACAGCCUGCAGCUGUGUAUGCGGUGGAAGCGAGCUCGGUGGCUGAACACACUGAGAAACUGGUGAAACUGAACGGGUGUGAUGGCGUCGUGAGCGUAUUUCACUCCAGAGCUGAAGAUCUGAUGCUUCCGUCCAAGGUGGAUGUCAUCGUCUCAGAGUGGAUGGGGAACUGCCUACUGUUUGAGUUCAUGGUGGAGUCUGUGCUCCGUGUGCGGGAUCGCUGGCUGAAGGAUGGAGGUAUGAUGUGGCCUUCAUCCGCCUCACUGUGCCUCGUUCCCUGUCAGGCCCAUGCCGACUACAGCCAGAAAAUGGAAUUCUGGGAAAAUAUCUACGGCCUGGACUUCAGCUGUCUGCAGCCUGUUGCUCAGGAGGAGUUUUUCUCCAAGCCAAAGUUCAGCCAUCAUCUCGACCCUGACGACUGUCUCUCCACUCCGUGUGAUGUCAUCAGUCUGGACAUGCUCACACUGAGCGUGUCUGAUCUGGAGAAGCUGAGAGGAGAGUUCCGAUUCACCAUAGAAAGAUCUGGAACUCUUCAUGGCUUCACUGCCUGGUUCAGCACAUUCUUCCGCAGUUUAGACGAGGGAGGAUCAUCGCUGGAGCUCAACACUGGACCACACGCUGAGUCGACUCACUGGAAACAGACUCUGUUCAUGCUAGACGGACCAAUGGGAGUUGAGGAAGGUGACUGUGUGGGCGGGGCCAUGACACUGCAGAGGAAUCCUAUUUGGAGACGUCACAUGUCAAUCACUAUAGAGUGGAGUAUAAAGAGGAGGAACGAGACGACUUUCUCUGAGAUGAAGUCAAAGCGCUUCCCCAUGUGGAGGUGAGCCUCGCCUCGCCUCAGGAUUCAUCCACUACAGGACUGUUAACUCUUAGCAUUUUGUUAACUCCUUCAGCCUACAAACAGAUAUUUUAUAUAGAAACACUGUUGACUCAGAGUUACUGCACUUCUCUAAUGUGUAUAAUGUGUUCUGCUCUCAGCCAAUCAAAACACACGGUUUUAUACUGACAUGAUGACUGUCUUGUAAUUGGAUCAAAUGUACUCAAUUUUUUAUUAACUCAUAAAAUAAAAACAAUUCUUCGA